CUUCAGACUGGUCGGUGCGUACUCACAGGCGGCGCAGUACGUGGUACCGUAACAAUCCUGUGACAGAUUUCAUUUGACUAGCAUUCUAUGCUGCCGGCGCAGCUCCGUAUUACAAUAUAAUAUUAAUCGUUAACAGAGGAUUUGAACCGAUGAGAUUGUUAUUUUGCAAGUUUUCCUUUCCUUGCGCUUUAAAGUUAAGAUUAUUCAAAAUGAGUUUCGAUACUCGUCUCUUCAACGUGAUAGUAUUAAGCUGUGGUUUCAUGUUGACUUUUACCGCAUUCCAAACUAUGGGAAACAUCGAGAAAACGAUAUUGGACAGUAUAAAAGAGGACGAUAAGACCUUCACGGCGGACGGUUACACGAGCCUGGCAAUAAUAUACGCUGUGUUCGCAACCUGCAACUGGUUGGCGCCAUCGUUCAUAUCCGUGACGGGUCCUCGGACGGCGAUGCUUACGGGAAGCUGUUGCUACGUGGCGUUCAUCGCCUCGUUCCUGUUGGCCCAGACCGAGCUUCUCUACGUGGUAUCGGCGCUAGUGGGUCUAGGAGCAGCGCUGAUAUGGACGGGUCAAGGGAUGUAUCUGACGCAGAACAGCGACCCAGACACAAUGUCGAGAAACGCGGGUCUCUUCUGGGCGAUAUUCCAGUGUUCGAUGUUCAUGGGUAACAUCUUCGUCUACUUCAUGUUUUCGGGAUCUACGAUCGUAGCCUCGACGCGAAACAUGGUAUUCUGGGUGCUGACGAGUCUGGCACUGAUCGGUACGGUGGUCCUGGCUACCCUGCGAAAGGCCCCGAAGAUGAUGGAGAUCGGAGAAGCCGAGGGAGUAUCGAGCGCCGACAAAGAGCUGCACAUACCGGAACCAGCGAAGGAUAAACCGCUGAUGGCAGCCUGGCACGCGCUGAGGGAUUCCUUCCGGCUUUUCAUCACCUGGAAGAUGAUGCUCCUGUCGAUAACAUUCUUCUACGCGGGUCUGGUCCUCACAUUUUACUCCGGGGUCUACUCGGCCAGUAUCGGUUUCACCCAGUCGAUGGGUUCGGAAUCCAAGAAGCUGGUUGGACUCUCGGGGAUCUUCAUCGGGGUUGGCGAAGUCAUAGCUGGUGCUCUCUUCGGGAUCCUGGCAUCGAAGACGGUGCGAUUCGGACGCGAUCCGAUCGUUAUCGUCGGUUUCAUCGUCCACAUGUUCGCCUUCUGCACGAUAUUCUUAAACCUUCCGGACGACUCGCCCUUCCAGACAACCGCGGAAUCGGGCUUCAUCUCGGCGUCGCCGACCCUGGCGAUGAUCGGGUCGCUUGCCCUCGGCUUCGGCGACGCCUGCUUCAAUACCCAGGUCUACGCACUCCUCGGUGUUCUCUACGCGAAAGACAGCGCACCGGCCUUUGCCCUCUUCAAGUUCACACAGUCGGUAGCAGCGGCGAUCAGCUUUUCCUACAGCAGCCACAUCGGCCUGUACAUUCAGCUCGGCAUUCUAGUCUGUUUUCUGGUCUUAGGAACGCUAACAUUUUGCAUCGUCGAAUUUGCCCUUAGGCGGCAAAAAAAGGAGCAACAUUCCGAGAGCGAUCCUGCCUUGGUUGACGUUUCUGGUCCGGAUCCUUGAUUUAUAUAUGGAAAAAAAAAAACGAAAUAAAUAACUUGCACACACUUGUGCAGAAGCGAUCUGACAAGCGAAUACUCGCAACGACAUUUUUACAACAUUG